GAAACUCUGCGUUUUCCAGGCGCAGUCCGCCAGUGUGAACUGACGGAGGAGGAGUUCUGCUCCGAGUUGGACUCAAAAUACUUUUUCUUUGUUUCAACGGAACAUUUAUCAGCUGCGGAACCGACUCAUCGAGUAUCAGACUGUUAAUUUGGCAGGAAAGCAGAUGGACCCUGGUGUUGUCGGUGGCGUUUGCCGACGAUGAGGUGACCUCCGACCUGUAGAGUCGUGGCUGCCCUCGCUGUCAGUGAUGGAGGACCUCUGGGGUUUAGCUGUAGCCGUCUUCCAGGUGUGGAUGUUUGUGGUGGUGUUCCUCAUCAUGCUGCCCGCCAUGUUUGGCCUCUCUCUGGGGGUCACCGGGGUCUACAUCCAGGUCCUGGUCAAAAUCCUGGAGUGGGCCACGUUACGGAUCCAGAGAGGACGGCAGGAGCAGUCCAGUGUGCCGGUGCCUCUGCCCAACGGGAUCAUUGAGCGAGCGGGAGGCUCCAUGGAGGAGGAGAUGGGGCAGCUGCGGAGCUCUCGCUCACUGGUGGGAGGCGAGUUUUCUCUGAGCGACGCCUUCUACUUCUACAAGAAGGGUCUGGAGAGCAUCGUGGACGACCAGGUGACCCAGCGCUUCUCCUCUGAGGAGCUGGCCUCCUGGAACCUCCUCACCAGAACCAACCACAACUUCCACUUCAUCAGCCUCCGCCUCACCGUCAUCUGGGGCCUCGGUGUCUUUGUACGCUACUGCAUCCUCUUCCCUCUCAGGAUUACGCUGGCCAUCAUCGGCCUCUCGUGGCUCGUGAUCGGAACGGUUCUGGUUGGAUUUCUGCCCGAGAGCAGUGUGAAGAACUGGCUGAGUGAACUGGUCCAUCUGACCUGCUACAGGAUCUGUGCCAGAGGGCUGUCAGCCACCAUCCACUACCACAACAGAGAAAACAAACCUCAGAAAGGAGGAAUCUGCGUUGCCAACCACACCACUCCCAUCGACGUGGUGAUUCUGGCCAACGACGGUUGCUACGCCAUGGUGGGUCAGGUCCACGGCGGGCUGAUGGGGGUCAUGCAGAGGUCGAUGGUGAGGUCGUGUCCUCACGUUUGGUUCGAGAGGUCAGAGAUGAAGGACCGACACGCUGUGACCAACAGGCUGAAAGCUCACAUCGCAGCCAAGACCAAACUUCCCAUCCUGAUAUUUCCUGAAGGAACCUGCAUCAACAACACCUCAGUCAUGAUGUUCAAGAAGGGAAGCUUUGAAAUUGGAGGGACCAUAUACCCGGUCACAAUCAAGUACGACCCUCAGUUCGGUGAUGCUUUCUGGAACAGCAGUAAAUACAACAUGGUCAGUUAUCUGCUCCGGAUGAUGACCAGCUGGGCCAUCGUGGUCAAUGUGUGGUACCUCCCUCCAAUGACCAUACAGGACGGUGAGGAUGCGGCUCAGUUUGCGAACAGAGUGAAAUCUGCCAUCGCUCAACAGGGAGGACUGCUGGACCUGGCAUGGGACGGAGGACUAAAAAGAGGAAAAGUGAAGGAUUCGUAUAAAGAAGAGCAGCAGAAGAUGUACAGCAGCAUCAUCGUCGGACAGAACGGCUCCAGCACAGAGGAGCAGUGAUACUGGUGAUACUGGUGAUACUGGUGAUACUGGUGACACUGGACAAUCCCUCCCAGUGACCUGGAACUGGAUGAACUUUCCAGAGUCGUCUUAGAACUUGUUUUAGAGUCUUAUUUUACAGUUUUUAAACUGUGACACCAAAGUUCAAAUUAGCUCUUAUUUCGAAGUUCUGUGUGUGUAGGAGUGUAUUUCCACCAGCAGGUGGCAGCGAAUGACAACACAUAAUCUCCUUCAUCCAUUUCUUCUUCUCCUCCUCCUCCUUCUCUUCCUGACAGUCACUGAAGACUGGAAACUCUUUCUUUCUCUUUGGGAACACUUUUUAUGUUUGUUUAUAUUUUUUAAACCAUAUUUGUUGUUGCGAGCUGAUCAGAAGUAAACAUUAUUGAUUGUAAACAUUAAUUUUCAGACAGCAUUAUGGAAAGUAUCCCUGCAGAGAUUUAGUCAUAAUAUCACUAUCACUCUCCACCAGACUCAGAGAAAAACACUCAUUUUAGCUUAUUAUUUUUUAGCAGUUUUUAAACUCUCACACCAAAGUUCAAAUCACGCUUUUAUUUUGAAGUUUGUGUGUGUGUAGGAGUGUAUUUCCACCAGCAGGAGGCAGCGAAUGACAAGAUAAUUAUCCUCUUCAUCUAAAUCUCCUCCUCCUCCUCCUCCUGACUGCCAGUAAAGACUGGAAACUCUUUUUCUUUCUUUCUUUCUUUCUUUCUUUCUUUCUUUCUUUCUUUCUUUCUUUCUGCGAGAACGUCUUAAAUGUUUGAACUGUUUAUAUUUUUUAAACCAUGUUUGUUGUUGUUGCUGCUCAAAAACAAAUAUUGAUUGUAAAGAUGAAUCUUCAUACACAUUUAUAUUCACUGCACCUGUGUUUGUGUUCUUGUUUGUGUUAUUGUUUGUUUUGAUGCAAAAUAACAUGACAGACAGUCUGUGUA